UCGUCUACGCAAGUGCAGAAUCACAAUACAUUUCAUCAAAUAAUCCCAAAAACGUUGAAAAAAAAAGAAAAGCAAGAGAACCAAAAACAGUAAAUGGAGAAGUUUCUGGAGACAGACUACUAUAAAAAAUAUCUACCUCAACAUCCAAUCCCAGCCGUUAAAUCCCUUAAAACCCACAAAUUUCCUUUUCUUUUAGCAUUUAUUUGUUUUCUUGGAAUUAUUCAUGACAUUCACUUCUAAUUCAGUAUAAAAACACCAUGCUCCUUAAUAUGAUUACCUCUGCUUCUGGAGACUUCUCAAGAGAGAGAGAGAGAGAGAGAGAGAGAGAGAGAGAGAGCUGUUUGUUUCUCUCUCUGCAACACUUGCAAAUGGUUGCGUCUCGUAGUGAUCUUUUAGCAUUUAUGGAGUAGUAACAAAUAAUAGUAUUAUUUUUGUAUUGAAAAAUAUUUUAGUAUGUGUACUCACUUUCUACUAUAUAUGCAUAAUAAGCACACACGCAUUUGCUGAAAAGAGAAAAAAGAUUGAGUUUUUAUUUUUGUUGUGGAGUUUGAUUGAGGUUAAUUAUGGCUGGUGGAGAAGAUAAAAGCAGUGAUUUUUAUGCUGUUUUGGAGUUGAAAAAGGAAUGCACAUCAGCAGAGCUAAGGCAUGCCUACAAGAAACUAGCUCUGAAAUGGCAUCCGGAUCGGCUCUCUGCUUCUGGGAAUUUGAAGUAUGUAGAUGAGGCCAAGAAGAAAUUUCAAGCUAUCCAGCAAGCAUAUUCAGUGCUUUCAGACAGCAACAAAAGGUUUCUGUACGAUGUAGGAGUUUAUGACUGCAACGACGACGAAGACAAUAAUGGGAUGGGUGAAUUCUUGAAUGAGAUGGCGACAAUGAUGAGCCAAACUAAAUGCCAAGAGGGCGGGAAUGAGACUUUGGAAGAACUUCAACAACUAUUCGAUGAGCUCUUCGAGAGCGACAUUGAUGCCUCCGGUAGCUCGUCUCGAUCAGCUACACCCCCAACAACGUGCACCUCGUCAUCAUCCUCGGCCUCAGGAAACGAGGCCUAUGGCAUCUCCAACAAGAGGAACUCAAAUGAGACGAGGCUCGGAAAUUUGGAAGCUGGGGCUUCCCAUUUCGAAGGGUUUUGCUUGGGCACGGGUGGAGCGUCGGGAAAACACUCAGGCGGAGAGAGCAGCCGGAGAAAGAAUGCACGAAUAGGUCGAAGGUAGUAUGUGAUCGGGAAUCUCGACCUAGCUCGUGUAUAUCUGAUGCCAUCACUAUAUAAGGUCAGAGUCCAACCAAUUUUCAUCUCUAGAUAUUUAACGAAGAUUCGAAUUCACAACGAUAAUGAUUGGAUUAAGGUUUAUCAUAAUCUUUAGGUUUUAAUGGCCUUUAGAUUGUGAGGUUAGAUCUCCCUUUGUAACAUUGUUGUAUUGGUAUUGUAUUCUUGUAUUUCCGUAAGUUUUUAUUAUAUCUAUGCAAUUAAAUGGUUAAUUGCCUUCUUUA